CCUUGUCCAUAUUGAGAAAAAGUAGCAGAGUGCAAAUGAUGUCAAAAAAUCUCCCAGUCUUUUGCGCCAUUGUCAUUUUUGGGUUAUUCACCCAAUCUUCAACUUGUACCAACACAAAGCAUGGCUACAAAACCAAAGGCAUGUUUGUGUUUGGGAGUUCAUUAGUCGACAAUGGCAACAACAAUUUCCUCAGAAACUCGUUCGCCAAGGCAGAUUUCUCCCCCUAUGGAGUGGACUUCCCUCUGGGGGCUUCUGGAAGGUUCACAAAUGGAGAAAAUGUGAUCGACAUUUUGGGGAAGAAGCUGCAGCUGCCAGGCUACAUCCCACCUUUCAAUGAUCCCUCAACAAGGGGGACCAACAUCGUGCAUGGUGUUAACUUUGCUUCUGGUGGUUCUGGGAUUCUUGAUAAUACUGGUGCUCUUGCUGGAAAUGUGACGAGUUUGAAUGAGCAAAUCAGCAAUUUUGAGAAGGUGAGUCUACCUGAAUUGGAGCAGCAGUUGGGGAGCAAUAAUAGGAAAAAACGUCUGAGUGAUUACUUGUUUGUGGUUGGAAGUGGAGGAAACGACUACUCACUGAAUUACUUUCUGGGGUUGGCUGGCGCCAAUGUCAGUCUCCAAGCAUUUACUACCAAUCUCACAGCCACUCUCUCUACCCAACUCAAGAGGUUGCACGGGCUGGGGGCGCGCAAGUUUGUGCUGAUGGCGAUCAAUCCGAAUGGCUGCAGCCCGAUGGCCACGGCCAGGGUCCCCACACAAGAAGGGUGUGUGGAGAAUUUGAAUAGAGCAUCUCUUAUGUUCAAUGCCAACUUGAAGAACUUGGUAGAUGAUAUCCGCCCUCAGAUGCCCGCUUCUAAGCUUGUUUUUGUCAAUUCUUACAACAUUUUGAGUGAUAUAAUCACUUCUCCUACAUCUCAAGGUUUCCGCGAUGCAAGCAGUUCCUGCUGCGAAGUAAGGCAGGUGAGUGAAGGCGGGACAGGCAUCUUGUGCAAGAGGGGAGGCUCGAUUUGCACCAACAGAAGCGAAUAUGUGUUUUUUGAUGGCUUGCAUCCAACAGAAGCUGUAAAUGAUAUUAUUGCAACCAAGGCUUUCUCAUCCUUACUGAGAGCUGAGGUCUACCCUUAUAAUGUCAGGAAGCUCUCACAAAUUUAAGCUUUUCCUAUUUCUGCCAUGUUCUUCAUUGUAAAACUUUGCUUUUGAUAAUGUGAUUUCCUCGUCUUGCAUGAGCCUGCCUCAUCCUUAACUAAUCAGAAGCUCGUUUGAGGUUACUUUCUGA